ACGAAGCCCAAAAAGUCGUUCUUUUAUGCAUGGUUUGUUAAUAAAAAUACCAGAAAAAUGGCUGAAGAAGAACUGCAAAAGCUGGAAGUUAGCCUUAAACAGGUCCAAGAUAAAUUCAUUGGUGAAUGGAAAGGACAUUUUGAGACAGAACUUGAUAAGAAAGCGGAGAAACAUAAGGAAAUGUUAGGGUCAGGAAAAGAAACCAUUGCUCACCUCGAAGAAGAAUUAAAGAAGUACAACGAAGACUCGAACAAGAAGCUGGAAAUUUUACAGCAGCAGGCUGAAGAGGUAGCUUCUCUGGAAAAAGAACUUCGAGAGCUACAGAUUUGUGCAACCACUCUAUUGGAAAAGAAGGAACAAGAAGAUAAGAUUUUGAAUGAAAAAGAAGAGCAUCUAGCAAAGGAAAAGCAAGAAAUAAGUGCUAUAGAAGAUGCCACAAAUUUUAAGCUAAAACAGUUCAUUAAAGGCACUGAGUAUUUUGAAGACAGGCUUGCUUUGACUUUCAAGAAGAUUGAUGAGGACCAUCUCCAGUUUGUGUUCAAGUGUAUUGAUCCAAAUGACUGGGAAAAGGCAUUCUUCUUUACCGUCUCAGUCAGCAGUGAUAAGCAAUAUUCAGUUAAAGACUGUGUACCAGAGGUUGAAGAUCUGGAGUCCAUGGUCCAAGAACUCAACAAGACUGACAACUUUUCCAAAUUUGUUAUAAGUAUGAGAAAGAAGUUCAAGGGAACGCUCUAAAGCAGAAGGCUGGAGAGAAAAUCUUUUACAUAGCGUCAGGUAAUUUGUACAUAAUACUUAGCAAAAACUAUAGCUAGAUUUUUUAGUAUUUUAUGCUAUUAGAGAAAGUGGGUGAAAUAGUGUACAGGCAGACCAAGCUAAACUAAAGAUUAAUCACCAUUGAUUUUAAUUUCUGAAAGAUUUUAUUUCUUGUAUAAUUUCUAUCAGUGAGAGCACAUAAUUCAAAACAGAUUGACUUGACUGUGUUCCUUCUCCUUUAUUACAUAAUUUAUCUAAAGUAAACUAAGAAAAAAAAGUACUUCACCUGGAAGGGAAAAUACUGUUAAAUGCUAAAAUACAUUCUUUUACAGCAAAGACUUUAUUUAAUGACCACCCCCUAUCUUUAUUGUUUGAUGUGGGCUUUGAAUUUCGAUGGAAAACCUAAAUUUAACCUUUGUCCAAAGUUGGGGGCGACUUUAUAUAUUAACAAGGGUGACAUUAACAAGGGAGAGCAGGGCUGAAUUCAAAACCAGGGACAGGUUUUCCAUUGAAAUUGGAUUGGUUGGUUUUUAAACCAGUUAAAACGCAGGCGCUCGGCUUAGCAUUGAAAUUCAAGACCUCAGGCCUGCGACCCUUGGUCUAGCAUCUUAACCUUUAUGUAAAUUUUCAUUGACAUUAAUGUUAUAACUCAUUAAAAUAUUUUUCAUCUGUAA